CUCUACAGUAAAUUGAUAAACGAAGAAAAACUCGUCUAUAUUGUUUGCAUAUAAAGUUUUAUAGAAAUUCAAAUAUUUUUUCCUAAAUUGAAUUAAAUUACAACAAAAGGUUUUGAAAAAAUAAGACAGCAUGGCACUCCGUACAUACGGUGAUAAACCUAUAAGCUUCCAAGUAGAAGAAAAUGGAGAAUAUUACUGUAUUGGAUCAGAAGUUGGUAAUUAUUUACGGCUUUUCCGGGGUUCACUGUAUAAACGUUACCCUGGAAUGUACAGAAGAUCAAUUACAAAUGAUGAAAGAAAAAAACUUGUUGAACUUGGAUUAAGUCAACAUGUAUUAGCAUCAAGUGUUUCUCUAUUAAGAGCUAGUGAAGUUGAAGAUAUUAUCGAGGGUAAUGAUGAAAAAUAUAAAGCUGUCUCGGUGCAUUCGACCGAACCACCAGCACCUAGAGAAGGGAAGACUAAAAAAUCGAUGGCUUGGGUGCCAAGUUUACCAAAUAGCUCACAUUUAGAUGCUGUACCACAAGCUACUCCUAUCAAUCGGAAUCGAGUGCAUAAUAAGAAAGUUCGGACAUUCCCAUUAUGUUUUGAUGAUACUGAUCCAACAGUGAAUCUUGAAAAUUCUGCACAACAAGAAAUGCUUGUUCCCAUACGUUUAGACAUGGAAAUUGAAGGACAAAAAUUACGUGAUACAUUCACCUGGAAUAAAAAUGAAAGUUUAAUUACUCCGGAACAAUUUGCUGAAGUCUUAUGUGAUGAUUUAGAUUUAAAUCCACUGACGUUUGUACCAGCAAUAGCUCAAGCAAUUAGGCAACAAAUAGAUGCUUUUCCCCAAGAAACUUUAAUAGAAGAUCAAUGUGAUCAACGUGUAAUUAUUAAAUUAAAUAUUCACGUGGGUAAUACGUCUUUGGUGGAUCAGGUUGAAUGGGAUAUGUCUGAGAAAGAAAAUAAUCCGGAAAAGUUCGCAAUGAAACUUUGUGCUGAAUUAGGUCUUGGUGGAGAAUUUGUUACGGCCAUUGCUUACAGUGUACGAGGACAAUUAUCGUGGCAUCAAAGAACGUAUGCAUUUUCUGAAGCUCCAUUACCUACUGUAGAAGUACCAUUCAGGCCACCUUCUGAAGCAGACCAAUGGGCACCUUUCUUAGAGACUCUCACAGAUGCAGAAAUGGAAAAGAAAAUACGAGAUCAAGACAGAAAUACUAGACGUAUGAGACGAUUAGCUAACACAACACCAGGAUGGUAAAUUUUGC